UGUGUGUGUGUGUGAGUGUGUGUGUGGUAUGAAUCAUGGGCUCACAUCUCUACUCCAUCCCAGCAGCAGCUCUCCUGCCUGUAAUGUGGCUGUAGAGGGGAAGACGGGACUGAAACAGAGCAUUGUCCACUCAUUACAAAAGGAAGCACUCAACACUGCAUGGAAAUCCUUACAUCCUGUAGAAAUGAAACUGUAUGAUCCUUCAUUAUCAUCUGAAAUCACCUUCAUCAUGUCAGUGAAAGACAGAAUGCAGAAGAAAUGGGCGGUAGUGAAAAGUCACCUGGGGUCAUCUCAGGACUCUGACUCAAGCACACAGGAAGCCAACCUCGAGAAUGCUGAACCUGAGCUGUGCAUCCGCCUGCUGCAGGUGCCCACCGUGGUCAACUAUUCUGGCCUGAAAAAGCGUCUGGAGGGCAGCGAUCAGACAUGGAUGGUACAGUUUCUCGAACUGUCAGGCCUCGACCUGCUGUUGGAGGCCCUGGACCGUCUCUCAGGUCGCGGCUGUUCGCGCAUCACCGACGCACUGCUCCAGCUCACCUGCGUCAACUGUGUCAAGGCUGUCAUGAACUCAUCCAUAGGGAUCCAUUUCAUCAUGGAACAUGAGGGUUAUGUGCGUAAGCUCUCACAAGCUCUGGAUACGUCCAAUAUCAUGGUGAAGAAGCAGGUGUUUGAGCUGCUGGCUGCCCUCAGCAUGUUUGCUGCAGAAGGAUACAGAUUAGCCCUGGAUGCUCUGGACCACUAUAAGGCUGUGAAGAUGCAGCAGUACCGCUUCAGCGUGAUCAUGAAUGAACUGCAGAGCACAGAUAAUGUGCACUACAUGGUGACGCUGCUGAGCUUCAUUAACGCGCUCAUCUUCAGCACCGAAGACCUGCGCCAAAGGGACAAGAUGCGCAAAGAAUUCAUCGGCUUGCAGCUCCUUGACCUUCUCCCCAAGCUGAGAGAGGAGGAGGAUGAAGACUUGAUCAUCCAGUGUGAGGCUUUUGAGGACGCCAUGGCUGAGGAUGAGGAGGAACUGAUGAAGCUUUACGGGGGCAUUGAUAUGAGUAAUCACCAGGAAGUCUUCAUCACUCUCUUUAACAAAGUGAGUAGCUCCCCUGCAUCAUUGCAGCUGCUGUCCAUCAUGCAGACUCUGUUGUUGUUGGGACCAGAGCGAGCAGACAUCUGGCAGGCCCUGGAGGCUCUAACAAACCGUGCUGUCCUCCUGGCCCAGAACUCUGAAAUGGACUCCUGUGAGGCAAUCAUGCAGCGGCUUGUCUUUUCCAAAGAAUCAGCCACCGGUUCUCAUCAUGUCGAUGCUCCGCCUCCAAAGAAAGCCGAUAAGGCAGUUCAGACUGAGCCGAAGGUUGGGGAGGAAGAAUCUUUAAAGAGUACACCCAUGACCAACCAGUCAGUGCCCCUUAGUUCCACAGAGAAGCCCUGCACCACCCAACCGCCGCCUCCUCCUCCUCCUCCCCCACCUCCUCCACCCAGUUUGGCUGCACCGCCGCCUCCGCCCCCUUUGCCAGGCAUGGGUGGCGGUCCUCCUCCACCGCCGCCUCCGCCCCCUUUGCCAGGCAUGGGUGGCGGUCCUCCUCCACCGCCGCCUCCGCCCCCUUUGCCAGGCAUGGGUGGCGUUCCGCCUCCGCCCCCUUUGCCAGGCAUGGGUGGCGUUCCGCCUCCGCCCCCUUUGCCAGGCAUGGGUGGCGUUCCGCCUCCGCCCCCUUUGCCAGGCAUGGGUGGCGUUCCGCCUCCGCCCCCUUUGCCAGGCAUGCCUUGCCCACCUCCUAUGGGAGGAGAUAUAAUAAUGGCCCACGAUGUUCAGGUUCUGGGGAGAGCUUACAGCAUUCCAGUGAAAACUGGUCCAUAUCCCACACUUAGGAUGAAGAAGCUCAACUGGCAGAAGCUAAACUCUCAAGCAGUCACUGAUGGCUGCAAUAUAUGGGCCUCAGAGCAGACGGAUUCCCCUCUGGAACCGGACUACACCAGCAUCGAGCAGCUCUUCAGUCUCCCAGUGACUGAGCCCAAAGAGAAAGGCACAGCACCUCCUGCAAAGAAAGAACCCAAAGAAAUUUCCUUUAUUGAUCCUAAGAAGAACCUGAAUCUGAAUAUAUUUCUCAAACAGUUCAAAUGCUCUAAUGAGGUGUUUGUGGACAUGAUUCAGAAAGGGGAUCGUUCCAAGUUUGAUGUUGAGGUGUUAAAACAGCUACUGAAGCUCCUUCCAGAGAAGCACGAGAUUGAAAACCUGAACUCUUUCCAAGGAGAACGAGACAAGCUCGCUAAUGUCGACAAGUUUUACCUAUCGCUCCUCGCUGUUCCCUGCUAUCAACUGAGGAUUGACUGCAUGUUGUUGUGUGAAGAGACUGCAUCUGUGCUGGAGAUCCUGAAACCCAAAGCACAGCUGGUGGAGGCGGCUUGUAAGAGUCUCAAAGUUAGCACACUGCUACCCAGCUUCUGCAGGUUAAUCCUUCGAGUAGGAAACUUCCUCAACUACGGAAGUCAUACAGGAAACGCUGAAGGAUUCAAGAUUAGCUCCUUGCUUAAGCUGACGGAAACCAAAGCCAACAAGGGCCGUAUCACACUGUUGCACCACAUCCUCGAGGAAGCAGAAUUGAACCACCCUGAGCUUCUGAGCCUUCCUGAUGACAUUGAAAGCUGUGAAAAAGCAGCAGGAAUAAGCCUAGAUUGCAUUCAAGCUGAAGCAAGUGCACUGUCCAAGCGUUUAAGGAACACCGAGAAAAAAGUCUCUUCAUCAGUUCAAGAUAUAAAAGAUCAAUUUUUGAGUGUUAUUCAGGAGAACCUUCGUGCAUGUGAAGAUUUGGAGGACCGCUUUGCUGACAUUGAGGAGAAGAAGGGAGAUCUGGCUCAGUACCUGUGUGAGGAUUCUGCUAAGUUGUCACUAGAGGAACUCUUCAGCACUAUCAAGACCUUCCGAGGGCUUUUUCUCAAAGCAUUAAAGGAGAACAAGAUCCGCAAGGAGCAAGCUGCCAAAGCAGAGAAGAGGAAAAAGCAGCUGGCAGAGGAGGAGUCCAAGCGACAGAAAGGAGAGAACGGCAAGAUCAUUAGAAAAGGUGGUGUGCCUCAGGAGGAUGGCUGCAUCAUUGACAACCUGCUGGCUGACAUCAGAAAAGGUUUCCAGCUUAGAAAGACCAGGCCCAGGUGCGAAACGGAAAGUGCCCCCUCUAGUGAAAUGCAUAGGGAUACCGCAUCAAAUGUCAAAUGUGCAGAAGGAGAAGUUUCGUCAGGUGUAGCUCCGUACCUUGGUCCUCAGCCAGAGGAGACAAGCAUCAAAGAUCCGGUCAGCGCUUCCUCCAUCAGCCUCGGAGGAGAAACAGCAGCAACUGGUAAUGAAGCACCACUCACACAUCAGGAGACCCAGUCAGGCCUCUCCACAGAGAACGCCCUGUCUAACCAUACAGCUACACUGCUCAAGCCUUCAGCAGAGCUUCCUCCAGCUAACCUAGAAACGCAAACCCUUCCGACUGAAAUCCUUAAUGAGAGAAACUCUUCCACAGAGACUCCACUAACACAAAAGACCUCUGUGGACACAUCAUUCUCUACAGUGCCUCCAGUUACUGUGACCCCAUCUUCAGCAAAAGAUGGGACACAACAAAACUGUAACUCGAAUAAUAGCCAAGUCAAAGAUGACCAAGUUUCUAUUGAUACCACACUGAAAAACGUGACCAACGUUAACUCUGGUGCUCAUACUGACUCGAAUGAGAGAGUACAUGGCGUGGUCCCUGAUGAAAUAAUGCCAGAAAGCCAAGAACAGAAUGCAAAGAGACACUCGAACAAACCUCAAGUAGACUCCCACAGCACCAUGGAGCCAUCUCUGGCCGGUAAGAGUAAUAUUGAGAUGCCACGUGAGCCUGAUGUACCUGACGGAGCGCGUGCUGUGGAUGACUCUGCCCCCUCUAAUCCUCCCACCUCUCAGUCGAAAUCGAGCAAGUUCUUCCGAGGAAGGAAGAAAAGCAAUAAAGAAGCUGAGGGUAACCGCAAAGGAGGCAUUAAGCGUAGAAAGAUCUGUGUGGUGCAGUAAGGGAGACCCCGGAAAGGGAAACAGCGGGGGAAGAGAUGAAGCUUUAAUUGUCUAGGUGUAUUCAUGAUCAACUUUUAAAGCUCCCUGUAACUGCUCUCUCACACAACACUCGGAAACACAGGGCUGAGCGCGCACAGCAGAUUCAAAACUUUUUUUUUUCAUGUGCACCGGUGGACCACGUGCUGAUGUUUUACAGACGAAAAAGUAUUAUUUUUGAAAAUUUACUUUUUCUCUCUUUAGGAUUGAGUGUGAACAAAUAUUUCAGUAGUUUCUGCACUAUAUUAUGAUAAACCAAAUCUUUGUUUACAUAUAGAUAUAUCUGGGAGCAAUGGACAAAAAAAAAAAAAGUCAGUUUUGUGUAUAUUGGAGUUAUGUAUUUACCUGUAAUAGUUUAAGAUGGCCCAGUGUUCCAGAUCUGAAUCAGGAUUACACUGGAAAGUAUUAGGUUAAUGGAAUUUCCUGUUUUGCUGCAAUGAAUUGCAAGUUAAAUAACCCAUUCAAGAUCGAAUCGUCAGAGUGAAUAUCUGUUUAAGGGAAUAGAAAGUAUUCUAUGAUGUGGUUUACUAUAGCAAUAUAAGCACAUCUAGGAGCCCAAAAUAAUCUUGAAUGUGGGUUUUUGGAGUAAAUCAAGUUGACAGCUUCACCUUUAAGUCACUUUUAAUCUUGUGUAAACCUGUCUGGAAAACUGGUCCCAUAUUAUAUUCAGCUGUCUUGGUGAUGAGAUAUUUAUGACCUGACUACUUAGGAUAUUGUAUGAUUUUGAUCUUGGUAACUAAAUUGUUUUUCAAUCUGUUAUAAAGUAGUUAUUGAAAUAAAUACAGCAGUUGAUGUAUGCUGUGGUUGGUGUAGCUUGCAUAAACUGUUCUGGAUGGACUCUUAAUGUAACCAACUAACGGUCAACAUAAGCUAUUGCACUGUGGUUGAGUACAAGGUUUUUGUUUGUAUUGUGGUUUUUUUUAAUAUUAACGCUAAAAGACAAUAGAUAAACUUUUUUUUUUUUUUUUUUUAAUGGAUUCAUAUGCUAAACUGGUAAGGAAAAAAAUUUCAUCCAGUUAUAGACUAUUCUGUGAGGUGCAACUACAAGGCCCUCCAUGAUUAUUGGCACCCCUUGUAAAGAUCAGUAAAAAGGGCUAGAAAACAAAAUCCACCUUUUUGGUGAAUUUUUCACUUCAUCUCACAGUGGGGGGAGACGUGAAAAAUCCAAUCUUUCUCUGAAUAAAUUUUUCAAUUAUAAACAAAUCCCUCAUCAAGAAAUAAUCAUUUUCAACAAAAGCGUGCCACUAUGUUUGUUUGGUACCCCUGCAUUUAAUGUUUUUGUAUAAUCUCCCUUUGCUAGUAAAACAGCACGGAUUCUCUCCAAUAACAUUUUAUAAGGUUGGAGAUGCAGGGCAGUGGAGACCAUUUUCCUCUUUACACAAUGUGUCUCUCCAUCAUCCAGGGUCCUCAGCACGCUCUUCAGCUCACCCCACAGGUUUUCAAUGGGGUUCAGCUCAGGGGACUGACAUGACCAGAGCAGAAGCUUGAUUCUGUGCUCAGUUAACCAUUUUUGUGUUGAUUUGAACAUGUGCUUCAGAUCAUUGUCCUGUUGGAAGAGCCAACAACUGCCCAGUUUUACUUUCCUGGCAGAGGUGGCCAGAUCUUCAUUGAAAAUGUUCUGGUAUUUCAUGGAGCCUAUGAUGCCAUGUACGCCAACAAGGUUUCCAGGGCCUUUGGAGGAAAAAUGGCCCCAAAACAUCACAGAACUUCCACCAUAUUUUAUAGUUGGGAUCGGGUUCUUUUCAUUAUAGCCAUCCUUCUUUUUACACCAAACCCACCUUGAGUGCUUAUUGCGCAAAAAAAAACCCUCAAUUUUUCAUGGAUUCAAAACAACCUCCAUUUUCAUCAUACCAUAGAAUAUGGCUCCCAGUCAAAGUUGUAGGAGUGUUUCACAAAAUUCAGGUGCUUAUGUUUGUGGUUAACUGACAAAAUGCUUUUCUCUGGCAAUCCUUCCAAAUAAUCUGUUGGCAUGGAGGUGGCAUCUGCUGGUGGUUUUGGAGACUUAAAACCCCCAAGAUUUUACUUUUUCUUGUAAUUCACCAACGGUGAUCAGUGGGGUGGGGGUAUUUUAUUUUUUAACACAAGUCAGGAAAUGAAGGUCAACGCACUCUCCUCACUUUGGGUUUUUUUUUCUCUUUCCCAUGUUGAUGGAUGACCAAAGGGAGUUUGGCCUCUGUGUGACCUCAUAUUUCUACCCCAGUUAAUCAGGAAGUCAAGGAUUAUAGCUUGAAUGUUCCUACCAACUUCAAUCAACUCAAAAACGUACACUCUUUAAAUGGGAAACAUGCUUCAGUUACACUGUGUUCAUGGUCAUUUUGUUAAUUUUCUUGAGGGAUUUGUCUCUCUGAAUAAAUUUCAAUUAAAGGUUGGGCUUUUCUUUUCAGUCCAAGAUGGAGCAACUUCACCAAAAAGUGGAUUUUUUUUUUUUAACAUAACCUUUUUUACUAAUCUUUUACAAGGUGUGCCAAUUGAAUGGUCUAUUACUAUAAUUUCAAGAAGUACUUUUAAUUGACACAUUAAAUGUAUAUCACCACCUUGGAUAUGC